CUAAUCUAUCGUUCAUCUGUAGGUUUGGUGGGCUGGCUGGCUGGAUGGCUGGUGCUACAAGCAUUAUUGUUGCUCAAGGAUCUGUAUCUACAACAAGGUUGGCCCACAAUAUAUAUACUAAAUAUGUGUUGUGGUGCAACAGUUCAAAAUAUUAAAUCGGGCGCGCGCGGCGUGAGAUGUGUUAAAUGCAAUUAACAACGGCUGGCUGUGAAUUUUUUUAGAACUUCCUUCCACCAAUCAGCAACUGGCCCCCGGCCCCUUACUCCCUCUCCCUCCCACUCUCUCUUUCUGUCUUUCUCUCUUGCUCUGUCUUUCUGUCUAUCUUUAUCUCACUCAUCACAUACAGCAUUGUCGUGAACUGUUGUGCGAAUUUGUCGAAUGUGAAAUUUCAAUUAUAUUAAUACAAGUUGCUGCUGCAAUAUGGGCACUAUAUCAUCUGUACUGCAAUGGUCGUGCACCAAAUGCAAUACCAUCAAUCCGACCGAGUCAUUAAAAUGUUUCAAUUGUGGCACUGUGCGUAAGGUAUUCCCCAGUCCUACCGCAACAAUCUAUCAGCAAACGACACAAACGCGUUCCCAGCCACCGCGACACCAAAGCAGUUGGAUACAUCAACAGCAGCAGCAACAACAACAACAACAGCAACAUCAACAUCGUCAACAACGACAGCACGAAAACCUGGUUGCAGGCUCUGCAGAGCUGGCCGCCGAGUGUGAUGAGGAGGAGGUCGCGACAAUUGUUGAUAAGCACAAAGCUGUGACCAGAACUGAGCACAACAACCAAAAACAACAGUCCGGACACGUUUAUAAAUCGCUGCUGCGCGGCUGUUUAAAGCGUCCGCAACGCAAUAGCCAAAAUUUGCCAGCCAAUUGCAUUGACUGUGAGGAGACACGCAAAUACAUAAAAAACUCUAUUGAGCUAUAUCGACAUUUUUCAAAUCCGGCUUUGAAUCGUCGCUGGAUUUGCCGCGCCUGCGAUACGGAUAACAAUUCAGUGACAUGGCAUUGUGUUAUCUGCGAUACCGUUAGUUAUCUGGCGCCUAUCUACAAGGAGACAUUAUGCACGCGCAGGCAUGAGGCAACAGCUGGAACAGCAGCAGCAGCAUCAGCCACAGCAGCUGGAACAGCAAUCACAGCUGGGGCACAGCUGGAACUAAAUAGCAGCAGCAGCAGUGCCAUCGGCCCCAACAGCAGCGGCAGCGCAGUUGGCGCUGAGCAACAGACAUCAGAGGAGUCACUUCCACAUCAUUCGCAGCUGGAUGCGCAAUCGGAUGAACAACAUUCCAAUCGGCGUCAUUUGAAAUCUCGCCGUUUCGCCUACUUUCGACGCACCCAAAGUCUGAGCAAUUCCAUAGAUAAGAGCCCAGCCCUGACCCAGGCAGCAAUCGCCUCUUCAUCCUCAUCCUUUGCGGCCGCCUCGGCACGUAGCUGCCACAUAUGCUAUGUGAGCAAUUUGGGCAAAGACAUUUUCAAUUUGCCCUACGCAGCAUCGAUCAGCUAUCAGCAACAACAGCAACAGUUGCUGCCACAUAAGAGCACUGUUGCGGCGGAUAUAAUACAGCGCUUGCCGCCGCCGCCCGUUGCAUGCAGCAAUUCGCGUUUCGCCAUUGCCAAUGAUACGUUUUGUCGUCGCAAGCAGAACAACAACAAUAAGAAUCAAAAUAAUAAAGUUCGUGACGGCUGUGCCAAGAAGAAGUAUAAUUUUACCAUAACAACGCUUUCAAGAUCAGCCAAAGGACCCACUGCAGCAGCAACAACAACAGCUGCUGCAGCUGCAACAGGAACAGCAACAGCAACAGCUGCUGCUGCCGCCGCCGCCGUCAAGCCCAUACGACAGUCACAGCUUAAGCAGCGUGAGCUAAACAACAGCAGCAGUAACAGGGCCCAGCAGAUCAGCAACAGCAACAGCAUCAAUAACAGCAGCAGCAGCAGCUCUCAAUUUACUAUUCCACGCAAUGGCGUUUUUAUAGCCGUUAACGAUUGGUCGGAGCCAGCAGCACGGAGCAGCAAUAGCAGCAAUAGCAAUCGCAACAAUACCAAUAUGCAGCACUGUGAUACGACGAGCAACAACAAUAAUGCCAACAACAGUAGCAGCAGCAACAGCAACAGCAAUAAUAACAGCAGCAGCAGCAGCAGCAGUAGCAAUAACAAUUGUAUUGCUAGCAAUAAAUUGAAUCAGCAGCUCUAUGAAAACGAAUGUGUUGCCAUUGCACAGCAACAGCAGCAGCAACAACAGCAACAACUACUACAGCAACAGCAGCUUAGAACGGAGCCCAUGGCGCCAAUUUAUGCGCAGGUUAAUAAACAGCACAAGUUGCACAAAAAGAAGCUCAGCAGUAAUGAGACACAGCCGCCAACAGCAACAACAGUAGCAGCAGCAGCAGCAGCAACUGCAUUGUUGCUGGGCAACAAUAAUAGCAGCAGCAGUCACAGCAACAACAGCAGCUUCGAUGUCAGCGAAUCGACAGCAGGAGCAGUUGGAACAACAACAAACAACGAGCACAGCAGCAGCAGCAGCAGCAAUGAAGCCAAUUAUAUGGAAGCUGAGGCGAGCACAAUAGCAACAUCAUUAACAGCAGCGGCAGCAGCAACAGUAGCUGCAGCUGCAGCGGCAGCAACCAAUGUUGCCACAACAACAGAUUAUUAUCACGCAUCUGAGCAUUCAAUAUACGCCAAGGUGUGGAAGGGACCGCGCAAAACGACUGAAUCUAAAAUCACACAUGAGGCAGCAACUGGAUUGGCAUCGAUCCCGUCCAGCAGCAGCAGCAGCAACAGCAAUCGUCUCAUUGUUCAAGCGACGCGCAACGACAAUAAACCGCAAUCGAUGCUGCUGCAAGGCAGCCGCAAGAUGUGGACAUGCGGCAAAUGUUCCUAUGCCUACAAUCGUCUCUGGUCCGAAUCCUGUGAGAUGUGCGAGACAUUAGCCAAGCAGCAGCAGCAGCAGCAGCAACAGCAACAGCACCAGCAGCUGCAGCAGGCGGAGCUGCCAACAGCCAUUGCUGUCGAGCCACGCAACGAUGAGCCCUGGACAUGCAAGAAGUGCACCCUGGUCAACUACUCAACGGCGAUGGCCUGCAUUGUCUGUGGCGGCUCGAAGCUGAAGAGCAUCUCCUCGAUCGAGGACAUGACGCUGCGCAAAGGUGAAUUCUGGACCUGCAGCCAUUGUACGCUGAAGAAUUCGCUAUCCGUUGGCUUGUGCAGCGCCUGCAAAUCGAUGCGCUUGCUGCCGGUCGAUUCCAUACGCGAACGACCCGAUGGCCAAUCCUAUGAGGAGCAGGAUCCAGCUGCUGGCAGUCAGACAGUGGGUGAACUAAAUACGCCCACGCCGACGCCAACGCAGUUGCAAUUGCCGCCAGUCGCGCAUCGCAAUUCGCGCAGUCCCUCGCCCAGAUCGGCAGCGGGAGCAGCUUCUGCAGUGGGCGGACCAGCAGCAGGAAUAGCAGCAGCAGCAUCAGCAGCCGCAGCAGCAGCAGCAGCAACAACAGCAGCCGCAAUCCAGCUGCAGCAGCAGCAGUUGCAGCUGCAGCAACAGCGCAGCUCCUCGGGCGCUAUACCCAAGCGUCACAGCACUGGCGGCUCCAUAGUACCGCGCAAUAUAUCGAUGGCUAUGCCUGCUUCCACAGCCAGCUCAUCCUACAAUCUGCAGCAGCAACAGCAGCAGCAGCAACAGUUGAUCCUGCCUAGCGGCUCGAUCAAGAAAUGGCAAUGUCCUGCCUGCACCUAUGAGAACUGCGCUGCAUCCGUCGUCUGUGACAUUUGCUCGAGUCCGCGCGGCCUGAUGCAGGCGGUGCUUAGCGAAGCUCUGGCCCGCAAAUCGAUGCGAAUCACUGCUUUGGGCACCGAGAUCAGACAAGAGAGUAAACUAAUGGAGAAUCUGCGCCAACUGGAGGAGACAGAAGCACUAACCAAAUGGCAAAAUAUCAUACAAUAUUGCCGGGAUAACAAUGAGCUGUUCGUCGAUGACUCGUUUCCGCCGGCCCCGAAGAGCUUAUACUAUAAUCCGGCGAGCAGUGUGACCGACGGCGGCAAUCCGGUGGUGCAAUGGCGUCGGCCACACGAAAUCAAUUGCGAUGGCGGCGCAUAUCCACCGUGGGCCGUAUUCCGUACACCAUUGCCAUCGGAUAUAUGUCAGGGUGUUCUGGGCAAUUGUUGGCUACUGAGCGCGUUGGCCGUGCUAGCGGAGCGCGAGGAUUUGGUCAAGGAGGUGCUGGUGACCAAAGAGAUAUGCGCCCAGGGCGCCUACCAGGUGCGUCUCUGCAAGGAUGGCAAAUGGACCACCGUCUUGGUAGACGAUCUGUUGCCGUGCGAUAAGCGCGGCCAUUUGGUCUACUCGCAGGCCAAGCGCAAACAGCUGUGGGUGCCGCUCAUCGAGAAGGCGGUGGCCAAAAUUCAUGGCUGCUAUGAAGCACUCGUCUCUGGUCGUGCCAUCGAGGGCCUGGCCACGUUAACUGGUGCACCCUGCGAGAGUAUACCGUUGCAGGCCAGCUCGCUGCCAAUGCCCAGCGAGGAUGAGCUCGACAAGGAUUUGAUAUGGGCUCAAUUGCUGAGCUCGCGCUGUGUUCGCUUCCUGAUGGGCGCCAGUUGUGGCGGCGGCAACAUGAAAGUGGAUGAGGAGGAAUAUCAGCAUAAGGGUUUGCGUCCACGGCACGCCUACUCUGUGCUAGAUGUUAAGGAUAUACAGGGACAUCGAUUGCUGAAAUUACGCAAUCCCUGGGGCCAUUAUUCGUGGCGCGGCGAUUGGUCUGAUGACUCCGGCUUGUGGACAGAUGAUUUGCGUGACGCACUAAUGCCGCAUGGCGCCUCCGAAGGCGUCUUCUGGAUCUCGUUCGAGGAUGUGCUUAACUAUUUUGAUUGCAUUGACAUUUGCAAAGUGCGCUCCGGCUGGAAUGAGGUGCGUCUGCAGGGCACCCUGCAGCCCCUCUGCUCCAUUUCAUGUGUCCUGCUCACCGUGCUGGAGCCCACCGAAGCGGAGUUUACGCUCUUCCAGGAGGGUCAACGCAACUCGGAGAAAUCGCAACGCUCUCAAUUGGAUCUCUGCGUUGUCAUCUUUCGCACACGCUCACCGGCUGCCCCAGAGAUUGGACGACUGGUCGAGCAUAGCAAGCGACAGGUUCGCGGCUUUGUUGGCUGUCACAAGAUGCUGGAGCGGGACAUCUAUUUGCUUGUGUGUUUGGCGUUCAAUCACUGGCACACGGGCAUCGAGGAUCCGCAUCAGUAUCCACAGUGCAUAUUGGCCAUACACAGCUCUAAGCGCUUACUGGUGGAACAAAUAACGCCUUCGCCUCAUUUGCUGGCGGACGCCAUCAUUAGCCUCACCUUGACCAAGGGCCAAAGGCAUGAGGGACGCGAAGGCAUGACGGCCUACUAUUUGACCAAGGGCUGGGCUGGAUUGGUGGUCAUGGUGGAGAAUCGGCAUGAGAAUAAGUGGAUACAUGUGAAAUGCGACUGCCAGGAAAGCUAUAAUGUGGUCUCAACUCGUGGUGAGCUCAAAACUGUGGAUUCGGUGCCGCCGUUGCAAAGGCAGGUGAUCAUUGUGCUCACCCAACUGGAGGGCAGCGGCGGCUUCAGCAUUGCCCAUCGGCUAACGCAUCGUUUGGCCAAUUCGCGUGGGCUUCACGAUUGGGGUCCACCGGGCGCCACCCAUUGUCCACCCAUUGAAAAUGUACACGGGCUUCAUGCUCCGCGCUUGAUAACAUAAUCGAUGACAACAAUGGCAUGGCAUGGCAUUAGUUCAAACAGAAGCAAAAAAAAACACAUAUUCAUAU